GAAGAUUUUCUUAUGACCAGAAGCUGAACUUAAGGGGUAGCUUUACGAAUGUUCUACAUGGGAAAUCAUCAAUGGCAACAACAAGCUCUGAUGGUUUCCAUAAUUCCUACAGUGUUAAAAACUCAAACAUCGGUGAUCAGCACGGUGCUACUUAUUCCAAUUCUGCUCCUCCUUGCUCAACAAGAACUGAUACAUUUUGGACAACCUGCAGUUCCUAUCAAGAAGGUCUAAAGUCUUGUAAGGGCUGUUUGAAACUUGAUCCAGCGGCUACUCCUUCAGAACUGCUUCAAGUUUUCACUGAAGCUCAAGUGGUGAUCAUGAAAAGAGCUCGAGAAGAUGUACCGUUUGUGGAUUCAAAAAGAUCCGAAGAAAAAGAGCUGGUUGAGAAUGACCAAGAAAUGAAACCAAAUACUACCAAAGAAGGUGUUCGAGAAGUUGUUAUAGAAGAAGAUAUCAAGAAAGAAAAGGAAAACGAAAUACUGGGGGGCUGCUUGUUUACAUUAGGCGACAACAAAAUAAAACCCAACAACUAGGGAAACAUUUUGAUGAAUAGGGAUAUUGCCUUUUUUUCAAUGGUAGGAAAGAAUGU